GAGGGAGAUGGGGAGAUGGAGGAAGGGGAGGUGAGUGGGGGAAAUGAGGUGAAGGUUGAGGACGGGAAGGGUAACGGCGAGAAGGAGAAUGAGGAGAAGAAACCAAGUGUUGGGGGUGUAGCUUCGACUGGUGAAAAGGAGGCGAAGGCAGUCAUUGAUGGAGUGAUCAGGAAGCUGACUCGGCUGGUGGGUAGUGGGAAGUCAUCACGUCGUCUCCUGGACAUGGAGUUGAUCUACCUAACUGACACUGGUGGCCAGCAACCAUUCUGGGACCUCAUCCCGAUAUUCACACGUGACACCACAGCCACCCUCUUUGUCCACAGGCUCUGCGAGAAGCUUGACGAACACCCUCUGAAUGACCUCUACCAGAGAGGGAAACAGGUUGGUCCCAGCCAGAGAGCCACACUCACCACUGCACAGGCCUUCAAGACAAUGCUUCGAGGCCAGCAUGAAGGAGAAAAACGCUCCAAGAUCAUUGCUGUUGGCACCCACCGAGACCUAAUCAAGGAGUGUGAAGAAACAAUUCACCAAAAGAACGAGAAAUUUGCUGCAAUUUCAUCACCUCACUUCGAAGAAGAUAUAGUUUAUCGAAAUGAAGACAUGAAGCAGAUUGUUUUUCCGCUCAAUACCAAAACCCCAGAAGAAGACGACAAGAAAGAGGCCAGCAAGAUCAGAGCCAGCAUCGAGAAAGGUGCCACACAACACAAGAUUCCAAUCUGGUGGUUCAUCCUCCAGCUGAUCCUGGAAGCGCUAACACACAAGCUCGGCAGAGAUGUCCUGAGCAAAGACGAGUGCCUCCAUGUCUCCAAGUCACUGGGGUUCUCUGAAGGACAGCUUGAUGCUGCUCUGGCCUUCUUCGACAAGCUCAACAUUUUCCUGUUCAAAAAGAACAUUCUACCCGGAGUCGUCUUCACCAAUCCUCAAGUUCCUCUAGACAAGCUGUCAAAGCUUGUGGAGAAGCAGUACCAUCUGAAAGCUGCAGAAGCUGAUCCGACAAAAGCUGCAGGGAAAACAAUUGGAGGUGAAUGGAAGAAAUUCCGCGACUGUGGAAUUCUCAAUCUCAAGUUUCUGGAGGAAUUUAAGUCCCACUAUGUCAAAGGAAUCUUUACUCCAAGUGACUUUCUUCUGUUGCUUGAAAAACUCCUUGUCAUUUGUCCCUUGUCAGCAACCGAGUACUUCUUCCCUGCAGUCCUGAGCAUGACCCCAGAAUCUCGAGUCAAUCAAUUCCUGGCCAGCUGCACAGCCACAGAGAUAGCAGCUCUGGUGGUGGAGUUCCCCACUGGCUGGGCUCCUCCCGGGGUCUACUGCUGCAGUGUGUGCCACCUUCAGUCCCAUGCCCACUGGGAGGUUGUCCACAAGCCACCCACCACUCCUCACAACAAAGACACACCCGACAGGCAACUCUGCCAGAUCUCUCGCAACUCCAUCACAUUCUCAAAGGACGACAGACCGGGCACCGUGACGUUCAUCGACAACUUUUCCUUCUUCGUUGCCUGUGUGAAUGUGGACACCAGGAAGAUGGAUCGCGAGGAGUUGGUGGAGCACUGCCAGGAUGUGAGGUCGGAGCUGUUUGCUGCAGUCGAGGCAGGUCUGGAGAACACUCACCACACAAACUCUCGCCCAGUGCCCGCCUUCCUGUGCCCCGUCCAGAAUGAAUCUUGUAGCACUGAACUACACACUGCACGUAUAUCCGAGAAUGGCAAGAAAUGGAUAUGCUCCGAAAAUUCUAAUGUGUUUGACAGUGUUUCUCCUAAACAAACCUUGUGGUUUACUGGAGCCGUCACAUCUCCUUCCAAGUCCAAAGCUCCAAAACUCAGUGAUCUGGCAAAUCGUGUUGCAGCCAUCAUUCCCCACAAAUGGAAGCCGGUGGCUAUCCAGCUAGAGCUCAGCAGAGGAGAGAGGAAGGCAAUAGAGAAGGAUGAGGACGAGUGCUUUGAUCGAUUCAUGGCUGUUCUCGAGCAAUGGAAGCAAUCAGCUAGUCGGCCCUAUACCUGGAAGACAUUGAUCACUGCCUUGAAAUCGGCAUCUGUUGAUGAAAACUCCUUAGCAGAACAACUGGACAGAGACUUUUGCUAGUGUGACAAUACCAAAGUUGUUUACGCAUGCGCACUUUAUUACCGUAUUCACAAACGUUUUUCUUAUUGUGCGCGAGCAUUCGCCGUGCUGCUGCUGGAAAAUGGCGACCUACGCGACCCCGGGAG